UGAAUCAAAACAACGUUUAUUUAUUAUAAUUUUUAAUGAAUAGUUCCUUAUCUUAAAAGUUAAAUUUAUGUUCCCUUAUCAUUUGACUUGAUCCAUAUUUUAUCAUUCAUUGAUCCUCGAAUCGUACUCGCGUUAACAAGUAUCGGUUACACACACGAUAAAAAUGGACUCCAAAGAACUUUUACUGGAUGGAAUCAACUGCAUCCUUAAAUUCUUAUUCUUCUUUUUCGUACUCUUACCAUACUUCUACUUCGAGGCAUUGAUCAACAAAUUCACCAAAAAAGUACCCAAAUCGGUCAAAGGAGAAAUCGUACUGAUCACCGGCACUGGUCAUGGCAUAGGAAAACUAUUGGCAAAAAAAUAUGCCAAAGAGGGAGCCACUGUGGUGUGUUGGGACAUGAACGAGGAACUUAACAAUAAAACCAUCGAGGAAAUUAAGCAGCUUGGAUAUCCCAAUGUAUAUGGGUAUAAGGUAGAUGUAUCAAACAGAGAAAACGUAAUGCAAACGGCCCAAAAGGUGCGCGAUCAAGUCGGCGACGUGACGAUAUUAAUAAACAACGCAGGCGUAAUGCCCCACCACUCGUUCCUGGAUCACACCGAGCAGGAAAUCAGGAAAAUAAUGGACGUUAACAUAAUGGGAAACUUCUGGACCAUCCAAGCAUUUUUACCCGCAAUGAAGAAGAAUAAUAAAGGGCAUAUCGUCGCGUUAUCCUCAAUGGCCGGUAGAUUAGGGCUAAUUAACCUGGUUCCUUAUAAUGCUUCCAAAUUUGCCGUCAGGGGGCUUAUGGAAGGGUUGCAGGAAGAAUUCAGGCGGAUUCCUAAUAAUCAUGUACAUUUCACCACGAUCUACCCUUAUAUGGUGGACACCGGUUUAUGUAAAAACGUGGAAAUUACCCAUCCAUCAUUGACCUCAAUGUUAAAACCCGAGUAUGUGUGCGAGGAAGUUUUCUUGGCACAAACCCUUAACAAAACGCACGUGAGGUUGGACAAAUUGGUGGAAAUAUUGGGUAGUUUGAAGGAAAUGUAUAUACCGACCAGGGCAGGCGAUUACUUAUCGGAUAACUUUAAGACCGAUUUGCUCUCCGAUUUGGAGACCGACAAAAACGGACUGGAAACCAACAAAACUAAAUAAUUUUUUUUAUAAAUUAUUUAAAAAAUAAACGAUUAUUAAGAUUG